ACAUGUUAUUAUAGUGUUACACCUGUCUUGUACCUAAAGCGUUCUCUUUUCUCAGCUUCACUAGCUUUAUAGCCCUGUUGUUUCUUUUUGCUGGGUUCACAUUAUUGUGUUCCAAAUCCCGUCAAUGAUUGCCUAUCUCACUCUCAAUCCAUGUGUCAUACCCCAUUUUCUUUGAACAUGUGUGUGUGAGAAAAAUGAGCUCAUAAAUGUGUCAGAAAAAUUAAGCUAAGCUAAGUGUUUGUCUUCUUCCUUCUUUGUUUUCUUGUUAGGCUAAUCAGUAUCACCGACAGAACCAAAACCUUUUAAAUUAGUAACAUAAACAGUUUAAUAUAAGUGUUGUUAAUUAAGUACAUGCAUUUGGAUCUGUUUGAUUCCCUUCCCUCCUCUCUUUCACAAAGCGACAGCAUUUUCACAUGCAUGUAACAGAUUGAAAGCCAAAGCAAGAUUGUGUUUUGUUCUAACAAGAGGCGCCAUGAGGAGGAACCAGAUAGUUUUGGUUUUGGUUUGGGUUAUGGGCAUUUGUGCCACCACAUUGUUGUGUGCAACGGUGGACUAUGAUCACAGAGCAUUGCUCAUCGAUGGAAAACGCCGUGUGUUGAUAUCUGGUUCUAUUCAUUACCCUCGAAGUACUCCAGAGAUGUGGCCAGACCUUAUUCAGAAAUCCAAAGAUGGAGGAUUGGAUGUUAUUGAGACAUAUGUUUUCUGGAAUCAACAUGAGCCAGUUAGAGGCCAGUAUAAUUUUGAGGGCAGGAACGAUUUGGUGAGGUUUGUUAAGGCAGUAGCCGCUGCCGGUCUAUACGUGCAUCUUCGGAUUGGUCCAUAUGUCUGUGCUGAAUGGAAUUAUGGUGGUUUCCCUCUUUGGCUGCACUUUAUUCCGGGAAUUAAAUUCCGAACAGACAAUGAACCAUUCAAGGCAGAAAUGAAGCGAUUCACGGCCAAGAUUGUGGAUAUGAUGAAGCAAGAAAAGCUCUAUGCUUCACAAGGAGGACCUAUUAUUUUAUCUCAGAUUGAGAAUGAGUAUGGAAACAUUGAUGGGCCUUAUGGCGCAGCAGGUAAAUCAUACAUCAACUGGGCAGCAUCAAUGGCUACAUCCCUUGAUACUGGUGUUCCCUGGGUCAUGUGCCAGCAAGCAGAUGCUCCUGAUCCGAUUAUCAAUACAUGCAACGGAUUUUACUGUGAUCAAUUCACACCAAACUCUAACAAAAAACCAAAAAUGUGGACUGAGAAUUGGACUGGAUGGUUUCUUUUAUUUGGUGGUGCUACUCCUCGUAGACCUGUGGAAGAUAUCGCAUUCGCUGUAGCUCGCUUUUUCCAGAGAGGUGGAACAUUUCAGAAUUAUUAUAUGUAUCAUGGAGGAACCAACUUUGACCGCACAAGUGGUGGACCUUUCAUUGCCACAAGUUAUGAUUAUGAUGCACCAAUUGAUGAGUAUGGAAUUAUUAGGCAGCCUAAGUGGGGCCACCUUAAAGAUCUGCAUAAGGCCAUAAAGCUUUGUGAAGAAGCAUUGAUAGCUACUGAUCCAACAAUUUCAUCUCCUGGUCCAAAACUAGAGGUUGCAGUUUAUAAAACAGGAGAUAAAUGUGCUGCGUUCCUUGCCAACGAUAAUGAUAAUUCCGAUGCAACAGUAAAGUUCAAUGGCAACUCAUAUCAGUUGCCAGCCUGGUCUGUGAGCAUCUUACCAGACUGCAAGAAUGUAGUGCUCAAUACUGCAAAGAUUAAUUCUGCAUCUAUGAUUUCAAGCUUCACAACUGAAUCCUCAAAAGCAGACACUUCUUUAGAAGCAUCUACUUCAGGAUGGAGCUGGAUUAGCGAACCGGUUGGUAUUUCGAAGGCAGAUUCAUUCGCUAAAAUUGGAUUAGUUGAGCAAAUAAAUACAACAGCUGAUAGAAGUGAUUACUUGUGGUACUCACUAAGUGUUGAUCUUCAAGAUGAUGCUGGUUCUCAAGCUGUCCUUCAUGUUGAGUCGCUUGGCCAUGCACUUCAUGCUUUCAUCAAUGGGAAGCUCGCAGAUAUUGUUCAAAACAUUUCAGGGAGCAGCCAAGGAAAUGGUAACAAGCGGGCACUCGAUGUGGACAUCCCCAUCACUCUUGUGGCUGGGAAGAACACAAUUGAUCUUCUUAGUUUGACUGUCGGACUUCAGAACUAUGGAUCUUUUUUCGACAUAUGGGGAGCCGGAAUCACUGGUCCAGUUAUAUUGAAAGGUUUGAAGAAUGGCAACACUGUUGAUCUCUCUUCUCAGAAGUGGACUUAUCAGGUUGGCCUCAAAGGUGAAGAUUUAGGUCUAUCUAGUGGAAGUUCCGGACAGUGGAACUCGCAAUCUACCUUGCCUAAGAACCAACCAUUCAUUUGGUACAAGACGAAUUUUGCUGCUCCAUCUGGAAGUAAUCCGGUUGCAAUUGACUUCACCGGAAUGGGAAAAGGCGAGGCUUGGGUUAAUGGACAGAGCAUUGGCCGCUACUGGCCUACUAAUGCUGCUCCGAAUGGCGUUUGCUCUGACUCAUGCAAUUAUAGAGGGCCUUAUACUUCAACCAAAUGUCAGACAAAUUGUGGAAAACCAUCACAGACAUUAUACCAUGUGCCGCGCUCGUGGCUGAAACCAGAUGGCAACAUUCUUGUAUUGUUUGAGGAAAGUGGCGGCGAUCCGACAAAGAUUUCUUUUGGUACCAAACAGGUAGCUAGCUUGUGUGCACACAUAUCAGAUUCUCACUUGCCACCGGUAGAAAUGUGGAACUCAGACACGAAAUCAGGUAAGAAAGUAGGGCCUGUGCUGUCACUCAAGUGUCCUCAUCAAGAUCAAGUCAUCUCUUCCAUCAAAUUCGCAAGCUAUGGAACGCCUUUAGGAACUUGUGGCGACUACUACCACGGACGCUGCAGCAGCAAUAAGGCCAUGUCCAUUGUGCAGAAGGCCUGCAUUGGAUCAAGUAGUUGUAGUGUUGGAGUAUCAACUGAUACAUUUGGAGAUCCUUGUAAGGGAGUGGCAAAGAGUUUAGCAGUUGAAGCAAUUUGUACUUAAACAGACAUUUUUUACCAUCUUGGAUUGAUGGAGUAUUGGUUAAUGCAAGUGCUUCAUGCUAAGAGCAUUGCAAGAUUGUAUUAUUGUAGUAAGCCAGGAAAUAAUUGCCAAAAAUAGAAGAUUAGUAUAGUCCCACUUGCAUGGAAAAGAAAGAAAGUCUUUCAAUGAUGCAAGAUACGUGAUUAUAAAUAACUCUUCCAAAGUCUCACUUCCUUAAUUGAAAGUAAUUGUAUGAGGAAAAAUUUUACUCAAUUGGAAAAUUUAAGGAGCAUUUGAAGUUUCCUUUUAA